AUGCCCGGCCUGACAGUGACAUUUCCGGCAGGAUUUCACAUUGGUGGUCUCAUGUCCCCACCCUCCCCUGCAGCUGUAGAGUCUGUGCUAUGUACGCUGGCCACACGUUCCUCUACAUUCCAAUCCUUGCAGCCUCUGCAUCAACUUGUACCUGCGAAUGCCAGGCGCCGCGUCACUGCAUACCUGCUGAGUCAUCCGCAGUUCCUGGAUGCAGGCUUAGUAAAGCGCAUCAUGGAGGAGUGGCACGGCGGCACAACUCCGGCAAACAGUCAGGGGGUGACUAUCUCAACACCUGCAGGUGAUCUGCGCAUCACAUUGGCUUCGCGCAUUGUUAGGCUGCUCGACACUGCUGCCCCAGCGUCUACGCUGGACCCUACAGUGGAGUCCACAGUGGACGGCAAUGCGAAUCUAGCCCCGCGCACAGGUGAAACGCCCAACCAUGACACGGCUGACCUCCCUGCUCCCUUUGAUCCUCCCAGUGUGCCCACUGAGAGCGGUAUCCCUGCCAAUGCUGAGUCGGCGAGUCCUUCCCCGCUCCCGCCUGUAUUUGAGGCUGAGAGCAUGUCACGGCUUGCCCCCACUGAGGAAGUGAGUACCGUGCUGCUUGUGCCUACACCCUCCCCCGUGCCCCUGGAAAGCCGCGAAGUUUCUGUCCCUGCCAGUUCCCCCGCCCCUGCUGUGACCAUUGCCGGCCUGGCCCCACCCGGCCUUUCCGACACCGGUGCCAGCCCCCACUCAGGUGACCCGGCGAAUGUUGCUCCCAUGACCCCUCCAAUGGACUGCGUACUUACACCCCAACUGCGGGGUGUCGAGAUGUGCUUGGCGCCAACUGCCUCCUACCGGUUACCAGCUGUACUAGCUGUCUUCAGCCAUUUCAGCCUGGCGAGACACUGGUCAGGCUGA